GAUUGUUUGCUUUGUUACUAUUGAGUUUGUCGUGUGGUAGAAUGUUAUAAAGUUGUGUUUAAAGUGUAGGUUUAUGUAAAAGAUGUUCGUGGCUCCUGUGGACUUCUCUUUUAAAGCCCUGGGCUCUAUAGAAGGUGUUCUAUCAGAAGAGCCAAACAAGGGAGCACACACACCUUGGAGAAACUCAGAGGGGAAAUUUGCUAGCCGUGUUCUCCGUCUCAACAACAACCUUUUAUCAAACACGACCGGACUCAUGGAGACACUGUCUGAUUUAUUCGUCGAGCCAAAACGAAUCGCCUGGCUCGACCUGUCCUUCAACAACAUCACACACAUUCAUCCGGUCCUCACUGAACUGGUGGAGUUGCGUGUCUUGUAUCUCCAUGGUAACUCGGUGUGUAAUUUCUCUGAGGUGGACAAACUCGGGGCAUUACCGCUCUUGCACACCAUCACGCUACACGGGAACAAUAUAGAGACUCAACAUGGCUACAGAAACUACGUGAUCACCGUCCUUCCUCAUCUGAAAAUGAUGGACUUCAGUGCAGUCACCAAACAGGAGCGAGUCAUGGCCUACAUCUGGCUAAGGCCCAGGAGGAGCCACAAAGCCAACCGGACCACAGAAAACAUUUCAAAGAAAUCGUUUACAUUUAGAAGAAAGUAGAUCAUUCUAUAGCACACUAUACGAUACGGACAAACAUUUACGAACAUCAUCACACCCUUGCUCGGUUCUUCCUCACAUCGCCAUAACGUUCAAUGCACACGACUGUACAGAAUGUCUUCAUUUGCUAGAAUUACAAUUUCCCUUCACACCGUUUCAGCACGAACACAAUUCCAACAUCUUAGUGGAAAGAAUUUCCAGAAGCAUAUUAUAAAAGCGUAGGAGAACGAAUCUGGAAACGAAACGUUCAACAAACACACACGGGCGUACAGUUUAUACGGUGUAAGACCAUCAAUGGUCUGAGAAGGAUCUAAAAAAGGAAGUCAUUUUGUGGUGCAGUGAGUGAAAUGAGACCAUGUUUGUGUUUUAAAGCUAGUAAAUAACAAUAAAUAUAAAAUAUACAACAUUUAAGACACAUUUAAGAUUUCAGAAAUGUUUGAAAGUAAAAUAAAAUUAUGGUUGUAUUUUUUAACGUUUUGCAGACUUUAGAGUUUUUAAAGUUUUAUGGUUGUGUAAAAUAAUAAAUGUUUAUA